UGUAGUGAAAAUGAAAACAAAUAUAAAAAAACAACCUUCGGAAAGUCGGAAAAUAAGAAAACCGAUGAUGGAGAAAAAACGUCGCGCCAGAAUAAACGACAGUUUGGAAACUUUAAAACAAAUUUUACUAGAAUCGAAAACUUCUUUUAAAGAAAUUAAAAAAGGACAGAGAACAUCGAAGCUGGAAAAAGCGGAUAUUUUAGAAAUGACAGUUCAAUAUCUCCAACAACUCCAAGAACAAAACAAAGAAAAUCAUCCCGAUGUCAAAUCGAAAAAAGAAGAAACGUCAAAAAAAGAACCCGUCCUUAUUAGACCGGCAGAUAGUUCUUCCGAAAUUGCAAAAAUGAGUGUUACUAGUGGACAAAUUGUUUAUUUACUACCGCAAAGUUUGAAAAUCAACGUACUGGGUAAUUACUGUUCCGAAAAGAAAUCGAAAAUGUGGCGACCUUGGUGA